AUGUCUUUGCCACGAUGGUCAAGGCCAAAAACAGUUGUAUCGAGAUCACCAACAAGGACGAUCUCUGUUGCGCGGGCUCUGGUGACGGCACGAGCCCACCGACACAAGGAUCAAAGUGCCCAACACUCGUGUGAUUUCAAUUGCAUCCGGCACGGACGUAAUCUCCAAACGACCAAAGCCCGCGAAUUGCAUCAAUUGGCCAAAGUACCCGAAGGGCCUUGCGGGUUGCCCGAAAUACGGGCCUUCGAAAAAGUGUUGCCCGACUACCAAGACAUCGUGGUCUCGGCCGAUCACGGGAAUGCCAUCGUGCAUUGCGGCCCGACCUCCCAGUACCAACUCAUUCUCUUAGCUCACCAGGGACAUUACGACGUCAUUACCAAAUUGAACGCCUAUUAUGGCGUAAACUACUUUUGCUUACAGUGCCGCAAAGGGUACAAGACCAGGGACUUUCGUCAUCAUCGGUGUCCCGGCUUCAAGUGUUAUUGCUGCCAACAAACGGACUGCUCGGACUUUGUCACCCACCCUGCCCGAGACGCCGCCAACGAACUGUGCCCCCAUUGUCAUCGCCGUUUCUUUGGUCCUCGGUGCCUCGAAUUGCACACCAUCCGUUCUCCCAGUGGCGACAGGGUCCACCCGCUGACCUUCGACAACGUGUGUGCCCAACUACGGUGUUGCGGGCACUGCGGACGCACCUUCAAGCGAUUCCAAGACUUUCUCAGUCACCUCUGCGGCUAUCAAGCGUGCUACAAUUGCAAAGCCACGGUGGACGUGUGGGCCCACAAAUGUUUCAUCCAACCCAUUCAAAAUCGUCGAGGCCCCAAACGCAAACACCCCUCCACCAGCACCGACCAGCCGGGACCCGUGCCCGAGGAGGAACAGGCCGUCGUCAAAAUCUUUUUCGACUGCGAGUGCAUGCAGGAAGGAGGGGAGGCGCAUCGCGUGAACCUGGUAUGCGCCGAGACCAGUCUGGACGAUCGACGCUACCAGUUUCCGUCCAUGCAAGACUUCAUGGCCUGGGUGUGGAACCUGAGAGUGACGGACCCCGGACGCCGCCCGUUCGUGUUGAUCGCGCAUAAUUUCCAAGGGUACGACGGUUACCUGUUGCUCGAGGAACUGUACAAACAAGCGGUGGUGGCUUCGCAGAUCGUCAACGGGGCCAAACUGUUGAGCGUCUCCAUUCCCGGCGACAUCAAAUUCAUCGAUAGUUUGAACUUUUUCCCCAUGGCCCUAGCCUCGUUUCCCCAGACCUUCGGCUUGCAGGAAGAAGCCAAGGGGUUCUUUCCCCACUUCUUUAACACUCCCACCUUGCAGCAGUACGUGGGGGCCAUGCCGGACAAACAGUAUUACGAUCCCGACGGCAUGAAACCGGCCCGUCGCGCCGACUUCGAACGAUGGUACGCGGACCAAGUGGCGUCGAAUCGCGUCUUUAACCUGCAAGCCGAACUGUUGAAAUACUGUCAGUCCGACGUCAGGAUCCUGAAACAGGCGUGUACCCUCUUCGAGCGCGAAUUCAGGGGCAUUUGCGGGUUCGACCCCUUCGAACAAUGCAUCACCAUCGCCUCGGCUUGUAACGUGGCCUCUCGUCGCCAUUGGAUGCGGCCCAGAACCCUGUCCGUCGAACCCCUGCACGGCUGGCAUCCACAGAUCCGUCAAUCGAGAGUCGCCUUGGAAUGGUUGUACCACCUGGAACGCAUCCUGCCCCCACCCACGGACGGGGAACCCCGCCUACGUCACAGUCGUAACGGAGGCGAAGUGCUGUUCCUGAUCGGCGAACGUCGCUACCACGCGGACGGCUACGAUCCGCGCACCGGGUUCGUGUACGAAUUCUACGGGUGUUUCUACCACGGGUGCCCCGAAUGUUUUCCCCUGCGACACCAGCGGCACACCAAACUCGACGGGGCCACGCCCCACGAACUGUACACGCGCACGGUCCAGCGAGCCGAGAGUAUUCGUCAAGGCGGACACGUGGUGAUCGAAAAAUGGGAGUGCGAGUGGGAAGACAAAAAGAGGGAAGAUCCCGAAUUGCGCCUGUGGGCCAAGACCCUGGAUCUGGUGACGCCCCUGGAUCCCCGAGACGCCUUCUUCGGCGGACGGACCGAAGCCGUGCGAGCUCACUGUCAGGCCCAGCCGGACCAACACAUCUUCUACGACGAUUUCACGUCCCUGUACCCGUGGGUCAGUAAGAACUGCAAGUACCCUGUGGGCCAUCCCGUCAUUCACACGCAGUUUACUUGCCAGACACCCGAAGACUGGGACCGACUGGUGCGCCAACAAUCGUACGGGUUGGUCCAAUGUCGCGUCCUGCCGCCUCACUACCUGUUUCAUCCCGUGCUGCCCGUCCGCGUGGCUGGCAACUUGCUGUUUCCCCUGUGCGUCCAAUGCGCCCGACAACAAGUGCCCUUACCCUGGACGGAACGCACCCACAUCUGCAACCACACUCCUCGCGAACGAGCUUUCGUGGCGACUUGGUGCACGCCCGAAUUGGUGCUGGCCCUGGACCAAGGGUACGUGAUUCUCCACAUCUACGAACUGUGGGACUUUCGUCAGACCUCCACCACCCUGUUCAGGGAUUACAUCAAUACCUGGAUCAAGGUGAAACAGGAAGCCGACGGCUGGCCCUCGCCCGAGGUGGAAAAAGAUCCCGCCUUGCAAAUCGAGUACCUGGAAGAGUUUCGGCGCGUCGAAGGGGUGAUCCUAAACCCGGCCAAGAUCGAACGCAACGAGGGUCGACGCACGCUGGGCAAAUUGAUGGCCAACAGUUUCUGGGGCAAAUUCGGUCAACGCACCAACAAGACCCAAGUGACCACCUGCAAGGACCCCGAGACCUUCUUCGACCUCUUCCUGGACGGCAAACGCGACAUCCAUCGCAUCCUGCCGGCCGGCGAACAGAUGAUUGACGUGUACCACUCGUUCAAAGAAGCCGUGGGCGAACUGGGCACCAACACCAACAUCUUCGUGGCCGCCUUCACCACGGCCCACGCGCGCGUCAAACUGUAUCAGGACGGGCUGCUCCCCCUGGACACCCGCGUGCUGUACAUGGACACGGAUUCCGUGGUGUACCUGGCCACCCAAGGCGAGACCCACCUGCCGCGAGGACGUUUCCUGGGCCAAUUCAAGGACGAACUGAAAGGCGACGUCAUCGACGAAUUCGUGGCCGGCGGACCCAAAAAUUACGCCUACCGUACCCGUUCGGGACAAGAAUGUUGCAAGGUGCGCGGCUUCACCCUGGACGCCCGGGGACAAGCCGUCCUGAACUUCGAGAGCGUCCGAAACCUGGUGCAAAAAGACAUCGAGGAACCUCUCGAUCGUCCCAGAACGCUGUCCGUCGACAACCCCCAUCACAUCGUAUGGAACGUCACCGACAAGACGCUCCAUCCCGUGCCGCAACUCAAGACCUACUGCAUGGUCCAAGACAAACGAGUACUGGAUGCCAAUACCGGCAUGACGUACCCCUACGGCUAUCGACCCAGUCAGGACAUCGUGGACGACAUGGUCCUGUCCAUCCUGUUCUCGGACGUAGACUCUCCCUUAGAAGACUGGGAGGAGGACUUGCCUUUCGUUCCAGAACCGUGCCCAUUUUAA